CACAGAAAACAGCUGAUCCGGCAAAUAGCACUCCGUUGCGUUUUUAAUUUAGUUUAAUUUUAAUUUAAAUAAUUCGUUCGUAAUUAAAAUGUUAAGGAGCAGAAUAAAGCAGCAGCUUAGACAAUGGGGAAGGCGCUACACUAGCUCCCAUUAUGUGACUACACCGAUAUUUUACGUAAAUGCAGCUCCACACAUUGGGCACCUGUACUCGGCGGUUAUAGCCGAUGCCCACUGUCGUUAUCAGAGGCUACGCCAUCCAAAUGCUGAUGUGCUUCUCUGCACAGGAACAGAUGAGCAUGGAACUAAAAUUCAACAGGCGGCAGCUGGACACAAGGUGCCAGUUGGUCAAUAUUGUGAUGAAAUAUCGCAACGUUAUCGAGAUGUCUUCCAGGCUGCGCACAUACAAAACGAUGAUUUCAUACGUACCACAGAGGAGCGCCACAAACAGGCCGUUUCCCAUUUCUGGCGUAAACUACAUGACAAUGGUCAUAUCUAUUCGGCUGCAUACAGUGGCUGGUAUUGCGUGUCCGAUGAGGUCUUCCUCACCGACUCGCAAUUGCGUUUGGAUGAGGCCAGUGGCAUGCGUUACUCCCUCGAGUCGGGUCAUCCUGUCGAGUGGACAGAGGAAACCAAUUACAUGUUCCGCUUGUCGCAAUUUCAAGAUGAUGUGCGGCACUGGGUCAAACAGGAGGCACGCAUACGACCAGCCAAAUUCGAAAAGAUUCUUUUGGAUACUCUUAGUGAGCCAUUGCCCGAUGUGUCCGUAUCGCGACCCUCGAAUAGGGUACACUGGGCCAUACCAGUGCCGGGCGAUGAUUCUCAAACUGUCUAUGUGUGGCUGGAUGCUCUAGUCAAUUAUCUCAGCUCCCUGGGCUAUCCCAAUGAGAAGUUUGCCAAACACUGGCCACCAGCACAGCAAAUCAUUGGCAAGGAUAUACUAAAAUUCCAUGGCAUCUAUUGGCCGGCAUUUCUGAUGGCCGCUGGCUUAGAGCCUCCCCGCCAGCUCUAUGUGCAUUCACAUUGGACUGUUGAUGGCCAAAAAAUGUCGAAGAGCAAGCACAAUGUUGUAGAUCCAGUUAAAGCUGCCCAGGAAUACACCAUGGAGGGACUACGCUAUUUUCUGCUGCGUGAGGGCGUAGCUCACAGCGAUGGCAAUUAUAGCCAUGUGAAGGCGCUGCGUAUACUCAAUUCCGAGCUAGCGGACACUUUGGGCAAUUUGUUAUCGCGCGCCUGUGCCAAGUCGUUGAAUCCCACGCAAAUCUAUCCGGCCCUGCAUUCUGAAGAGUUGACGGAGUUGCUGCACAACUUGGACGCAGCCAAGCGUCUGGAAGAGUCGCUGCUGCAACUGGCAGAACGCUGCCAACAACAUUAUGAGUGCAAUCACUUCCACUUGGUGGCGGACACAACUAUGGCGACGCUGCAUGCGGCCAACAAUUUCUUUGAGUCCUCGAAACCCUGGGAACUGAAGGGUGGCAUCAAUGCACAGAGGCUGGAGACGAUAAUCGGAAUGACAAUGGACGUGUUGCGGCUAUGCGGCAUUGUGCUUCAACCCAUAAUUCCGCAGCUGGCCACACAGCUGCUCGAUAAGCUGAGCUUGCCUGGCUCGCAACGCUGUUGGAGUCGUCUGAGCGAAAGUUUCGCCACUGACGGCAACUGUAAUGGCAAUGGCAUUGGCCAGGAUCAGGGCAAGGGUAGUCGUCAGUUGGAUGGGCAAACUAGUGCCUUGCUUUUCCAGCGCAUUGUCGAAAAGAAGCUGGAUAAAUCAACACAAAAGCCACAGCCAGCCAAGCGCAGCAAAUCAAAGAAGGAGCGAACGAAGGCAACUGCUCCGUAGUAACAAUGACAUCUUCAAGUGGCCCGGGCACGUAGCCAUAAUAAACUGUAACCAAAGUCAAGUAAACUCAACUUUUCACCAA